AAGAAACAAGAAGAAACAGGACAGGGAAGAAAAAUCAAGCACGAAAAAAAGCGGUGGAGCUGGGAGAAAGAGGGAGCUAUGCCAUCUCCCGCCGAGCAGAGCCCUGUCCUCCUCAGUUGUGUGUCGGAUCUACAGCAUGGUGUCUCUUUCUGGACUCUGGAGCCGCUGCCUCGCCCCGGGGAGAACCCGUCUCCUUUUCAUCUCUGUCAGAGUGCUUCUGCUGCUGCUUCUCCUUCUGUUGACCCCCUUCUCGUCUGCCGAGACCUGCUUCCCUCACCCUGCGCCCUGCCACAUACUGGCACGGAUCGGACACACCGUGCGCAUCGGUGCGCUCCUGCCGACCCGGCAGCCGGCGCGGAUACAGAACGCGCUCAACCGCGCCCUGGCGAGCAUCAGGCACCAGAGCGGCGGGACGGACUCCACCACCGUGUCCUCCCAGCCGGCCCCUCUGCUGCCCUACAACCUGACCCUGGAAAUGGUUGCGCGGUCCCCGUCGGGAUGGGACCCGGAGUCGCUGUCCCACAGCGCCUGUCAGGACCUGGUGAUCAGAGGUGUGACAGCCGUGCUCGCUUUUCCACGCUCCAGGGAGGAGCUGAUCCAGGUGGAGUUCCUGUCCUCUUUCCUGGAGAUCCCCUUCGUUUCCAUCCUGGAGGACACAGAACCACUUGUCACUAAGAAUCAGUAUCACCUUCAAAUGUCAGCUCGUGUUCCUCCAUCGACCCUCGGCAGCCUUCUGCUGGCAGUCCUACAGAAUGGAGAUGGGGACAAGGACAUAGGAAACCGCGGAGAAGGCAGGUGGGGAGGAGCAGCUGUGAUCUGCCCUGGAUGGGAUGAAGGCAGCGACAGCCUGCUGACUCACCUGCAGAGGCACAGUGGUCCUGCUUGGCAUUUGUGGGACAUCAUCAACUUGACUCGCAUCACAGGAGGUAGAGAUAGAAGGGGGGAGGCAAGAGAGGAGAGGAGGGAGGAUCAAAUGGAAGAAGAGGCUUUGAACAUCAUCUCUUCUAGUUUGUUGCGCUCCCCCUCACCGAUCUCCUCCGUGCUCCUCAUGGGAUCUGAUCCAGAGUGUCUCUCAUCUGUCCUGCGGGCCGCUCAGCGUCUUGCACCAUCACUUCCAGCACUGCAGUGGAUCAUGGGAUAUCCUUUAUCUCCUGAUUCACUGCACACCCUGGGAGGUCCCCUUGGUCUGUUGGCCUAUGGGGAGGUUGGACGCAAACCAAUAAGCUUCUACAUAAGGGAUGCUUUACAGCUGAUUGGAAGAGCAGUCACUGCAGCCACCAUGGUGAAGCCAGAGUUAGCUCUGGUUCAAAACUUAGUUAACUGCUUUGAACAACCAAACAAGCAUGAGCUACCUUCUUCUGGACAAUAUCUUUCCAGGUUUCUGUCCAACAUUUCCUUCACUGGCUCGACAGGACUGAUCCAAGUGGAUGCAUAUGUUUCUAGAGUCCUCUCCUCACAACUCUUCCAUGUAUGGAGUCUUAAAAGAGGAGCCCUGGGUCAACCAGCUUGGGUUACUGUAGGACAGUGGACCCGUGGACGACUGGAGCUGGAGGGCGGCAUUUUGGGAGGACUUGGUAACAGCCAGGGACAAGGUCUUGGAGCUGGAGUAAGAGGAGGGGACGGCCAGGGAGAUGGCUAUUUGGGAGGACUCUGGAGGCCAGGACUUUCUGUUGAGGGACACCGCCUCCGUGUGGUGACGUUGGUGGAACACCCAUUUGUCUUCACACGGGAGGUAGAUGAGGAUGGGUUGUGCCCAGCUGGUCAGCUUUGUCUGGAUCCUAGAACCAACCGAUCUGAUAUAAUCAAUGCUCUCUUUAACCAGCUACACAACCCCAACUCUACAGUAAUGGACUGGGAAGGAAUCGACUUACCGGGAGACCUAAGGAAAUGCUGCUAUGGAUACUGCAUUGACUUGUUGGAGAAACUGGCAGAGGACAUGGGAUUUACCUUUGACCUUUAUAUUGUGGGAGAUGGAAAGUAUGGUGCGUUAAGUGGGACGGGACGCUGGACCGGCCUUGUGGGGGACCUCCUGAAUGGAACAGCUGACAUGGCGGUCACUUCUUUCUCCAUUAACUCUGCCAGAAGCAGAGUUAUAGAUUUCACCUCUCCCUUUUACUCCACCAGUCUGGGAAUUCUGGUUCGUAGCCGGGACACGGCAGCGCCUAUCGGUGCCUUCAUGUGGCCGCUCCACUGGUCCAUGUGGGUGGGCAUUUUUGUCACGUUGCACCUCACAGCACUCUUCCUCACCUUGUAUGAGUGGAACAGCCCAUUUGGCAUGACUCCCCAUGGCAGGAACAGGCUGCGUGUGUUCUCCUACUCAUCUGCCCUCAAUCUCUGCUACGCAAUACUCUUUGGACGCACUGUUGCCACCAAGACUCCUAAAUGUUGGACGGGACGUUUCUUGAUGAACCUUUGGGCUAUUUUCUGCUUACUGGUGCUGUCCAGCUAUACGGCCAAUCUUGCUGCUGUGAUGGUUGGAGAGAAAACAUUCGAACAGGUUUCAGGGAUUCACGACGACAAGCUGCACCAUCCCUCUCUGGGUUUCCGUUUUGGCACCGUAAGGGAGAGCAGUGCUGAGGAUUACAUGAAGAAGAGUUUCCCUGAAAUGCACGACUACAUGAGACGCUUUAACCAGCCCACAACCCCAGAGGGUGUGCACAUGUUGAAGACAGAUCCUCCAGCCCUGGAUGCAUUCAUCAUGGAUAAAGCCCUGCUUGACUUUGAGGUCUCCAUCGAUGCGGACUGCAAGCUGCUCACAGUGGGGAAGCCUUUUGCUAUAGAAGGCUAUGGCAUAGGCCUUCCCCAGGGCUCUCCUCUGACCCGUAAUGUGUCAGAGUUUGUGAGUCGCUACAAGUCUGACGGCUUUAUGGACAUGCUGCAUGAUAAAUGGUAUAAGGUUGUACCCUGCGGAAAGAGAGUCUUUGCAGUCACCGAGACUCUACAGAUGGGGAUCCAGCAUUUUUCAGGUCUGUUUGUGUUGCUGUGCAUGGGAGUCGGGGGAGCUCUGCUGACCUUGGCAGGUGAACACACCUUCUAUCACCUGGUGGUCCCCCGCCUCCGACGCUCAAACACCCUGCAGUACUGGCUGCACACCAGCCAGGUGGAAAACUGCACCUUACACAGGAAGCAGCAGCAGCAACCUCCACCGUCACCUCCCACAUCCCUCCCUGCUUCCACAACAGCUGGUGAAACUGGAAGCUCCUCUCCAUCCCAUGAACAUAAAGAGAAACGUGUUCACUUUGACCUGGACACGCUACACAGCUACCGCCUGCGCACACACACAGCAUCGGUGCGUGGCAGGCCAGGCAUGGUCGGCCGCCCUGGUCUUGGUCUUGGAGGGUUUGGGUUCGGCAGCUUUACCUCUCCUCCUCAGAUUAAUCUCCACGCCAAUGGAGGUCCAGUAUCGACCCUAGCUUCGACAGGUUUGCUGCUUUCUCCCCUAGGAAACAGGGCUACCCAGACAAGCCUGUGGGAGGGGGAACUCCAGGAGCUUCAAGUGAAGAUCGAAACCUUCCGCAACCAGCUCAGAGAAGCUCUGGCUCGAAGAGCUGAGAUCCAGACCAGCUUGGAAAGAGAAAGGAGUGGACUGGGGCGCAGGGAAACCAGCCUGGAAAGAGAAAGAGACAGGCAGAAGGUACAGACUAUUCCUACAGACAGAAGUAGUUCUACUCAGUCCAGACUUCCUGAAAGAGACAGGACCAGUCAACUGCAAACCCUGAACAAUCAGCAGCUAGGGAGGCCUAACCAAACAGCUGCAGCUGCUACUGCUGGACUGGGAAGAAGCAGCCAGUUAAACACUGUGAACAGUUUGGAGAGAGGAAGAGCCACUCAAUCACGCCCCAGUGUUACUGUGACAGGAGAAAGGACUGUCCAGUCACGCACUUCUACUAGUUUGGAGCGAAGUCAAGUCAACCAACAAGGUGCUGGAAACAUAACUGUCCAAACGAGGAACACUUCUAGCCUUGACAGACAGAAGGCCAACCUUUCACGCACUCUGAACACUUUGGAGAGGACAAAAGCCAACCAGUCAAGUGUAAACACCGGAACCUGAUUGGUUAUCUGAAGCCAUUUGGUGUGCAGGAAUUAGAACUAGUCAGGUGCUGUUAUCAUAGCUGCGGGAAGAAAGGUUGGAAUAGGUUCUAGUUAUUUUACUUUUUUGCCAUCUAGUACCUUUAUAGCUUAUUUUUUUCCUACUUUACCUUUUCAAGUAUAAAAGGAACCAUUGCCACAUGAUGAUUAAUACUGAUCUAGAGUCUGACCUGGAGGAUAUCUGUAUCAGAAACACCAACCAAGAUUUAAUUCACAUUCUGAAUUAGGAAAAUAAAAGUCCGGUAGAAAGAUUUCAGAGCAAAUAUUUUGGUUUGGUUGGGAAACCAACAGUGGAGUUGAUCUCCAAGAUCAGG